AUGAUUAUUCCAAUAGAAAAGACUAUCUUAGUUGCUAGCACUAGCAAUGAACGCAGUAAGAAUACUGGUUCAGCGGUUUUGAAAUACUCUAGUUCCCUUCCCCCAGUCGAUGAGAGGACUGAGCACGGCGGGCAGUACAGUAUGACGUCACCCGAAGAAACACAUCCAAAAGAGACGAUCGAGGUUGACCUUUCCUACCUCAGCGUGAAAAAAGAGUCAAAAAUUGAGAGAAGUACCAAAAAAGGCAUUCAAUCACAGGGACCGUCCAGAAUAGUUGUAAUCCUCAAAUGGCUUACAACUUUAACAUUUGCUGCGGUCUUGUUAUCCUGUCUCGUGACCAGUAAACUAACUGUGAUUGGUCUAGCUCAGCAUCUUAGUAACAACAGUGCUGCUCAGUAUCAGGCCUUCACUAUGUGUCUAAUUAUACUUUUGGCGCCAAAUGUGCUAUCUGUUCUGAGGUCUCUGUGGAAUAUUAUUGGUCGGAGUGACAUUCCGUGGCCAAACAAGAAAGUUAUAGCUCUGGGUGUCACAUCGGCGGCCUUGGAAUCCGUUGGAUCAUGUAUUGUGAUCUUUAAGGCUUUUAACACUGGACAGACAGCUUCCGGAGUCAGUGCGAUGGAAAUUGGAAUCAUAAUCCCUAUCUUCUACUACAUGAAAAAGGGCAAUCGUCAAAUCAGAUUCUUUCGCUCGCUGUCUUUUCUUGCUGUUUUAUUCGCCAUUGGUGGUGUGUCCCUUGUUAUUCUGACACAUGUUAGCAAGGCAUCGGAUACAGUGUGGUCUCUCGGCGGUUAUGUUCUUAUAUUUUUAUCAUGGUUCCCGUACUUAAAUAAGAAAAUGUUUCCUCAUGUGCAGACCCCAAUUCACUCUCAUACUAAUACCAAUACUCAAAAUUUUUCGCUCAGCUCUAUCAAUCGAACAAAUUCAUCUGCAUCUCUUCAAGGUAUAUCAUCGGGUUCGGACUUUACUUCAUACAGUUCAAUGGCAAGUAACAUUGGCAAUAACAGAAAUGUCGAGCCCGACUUAUCUAACGACCUUCCUGUAGAUAAGACGUCAGCAUGGAAGGUUCUGCUUAUAUCUGCCUUUUCACGAAUAGUCUUCAUUUUAGCUACGAGUGCCUUACUUCUAAAGUUUGCAAUGGACGAUUUCAACUUUGAUGACAGCUGGACACAGGGAUGGAAUUGGAGUCCAUCUGAUGAAGUUUUUAUUCUAUUUAUAGUCAACGCUACAACAAGCAUUGUGGGAUACGUUACCGCAGUAUUUGCCUGUCACACCUGCAUGGAUCGUGGGGCCUUCGUGAUACCUCUGCUGUUAUCGUCCCCUGUAUCAUCUGUCUUACUUUCUGUUCCGGUAUCAUGUGACUGGAUUAAGGGCUUCUCGGGUCAUUCCCAAGAUUUCUGUGUUAAAGAAAAUUAUCUGAUAUAUAGUAUACUGGCGAUGGUGUGCUUUUUUAUAGCGAUUUCUCUCACAUUUGGACGACUGUUGUGGAAUAUCAAGAAGAUCGUGUUACUAAAGGAGACACAGUUGUUUUGGUACCCGACAUACAACAGUGUUAUGUUAGAACAAUGGCUACUGGUUAACCGGAAACUCAACGAUGACUCAGAAGUGGAUACCAGCGAGACAUCAACGAGAAAUUGCGAGAAAACGCGAGUUUAUAUAUGUACAACCAUGUAUAGAGAGAGUCGAAAAGAAAUGCAACAACUUUUGGAGUCAAUAGGGAAGAUCAGCCAGGCUACGUCAGACAGGUCACAGAUUCACUUCGAAUCUCACGUCUUCCUGGAUGGGGCCAUCAAAGGGGACGAGAUGACGGACUACGCCUUACAACUAGUCAGUCUACUGAAGGACGCACUAAAUAUCGAUAACCUUCUGACCUGUACGAAGACAGCGACACCUUACGGACUAAAGCUCGGCUGGAAACUACCGGGGCCGUCUGAAAUGACCUUCACCAUUCAUAUGAAAGAUCCAAAAAAAGUAAAAAAGAAGAAGCGAUGGAGUCAGAUUAUGUACAUGUCAUAUGUACUGGAUUUUCUCAGUAAACAACACGUAGAUAGAGAGGGUAAUCCUACAGUAAGCGAGUCAGACUGCUACAUUCUAACAACGGAUGCUGACGUCAAGUUUACACCGGAAUCCGUCGAGGCUUUGCUUGACCUGAUGAAACGGGACUCUUCUGUCGGAGCUGUAUGCGCGCGCACCUAUCCACUAGGAGAAGGGCCGCUUGUGUGGUAUCAAAAAUUCGAAUAUGCCAUUGGACAUUGGUUUCAAAAGGCCGCUGAACACGUUUUAGGGUCCGUUCUUUGUGCCCCUGGCUGUUUCAGCGUCUAUCGAUGUUCCGCCAUUAAGGACAUACAGUCCCUGAAACUUCCCACUUACGCGUCUAGUGUAGAGAGAGCAUUUGAUUUCCUCAUCAAAGAUAUGGGAGAGGAUCGAUGGUUGUGUACACUUAUGGUGCAGAGUGGUUGGCGGAUCGAGUACUGCGCAGCUUCAGAGAAUGAAACCUACUGCCCUGAGGAGUUUGAGGAGUUUUAUAAACAGAGAAGGAGGUGGAUCGCCUCUACCCUAGCUAACAUUAUCUCUCUAAUCAAAGAAUGGAACCUGAUUCGUUUACUGAACCACCGCGUGUCCUAUCUCUUUUGUAUCUAUCAGAUAUUCCUCCUUACUUCGACAUUCAUAGGACCCAGUACUGUCAUCAUUAUAGUAGCUGGUGGCUUGAAUUACGCAUGGAAUUUUGACGUGGUUUGGGCGGUGGUACUACAAAUCGCAGUCUGUGUGAUUUAUGCCCUAAUUUGUCUGUUUAAGAAUGAAAGAUGGCAAAUGCAGUCUGGUAAGAUCAUUACUUUCCUGUACGCGGUUGUUAUGACAGCGGUCGUGGUCGGGAUAGCAGAGCAGGUGGCUGAGGACAUGAUUGGUUUUAAUGACAAGGUCAAGGUCGAAACUAAGGACAACAAAACUGUUACUGUAGAACCCACUGUUGUGCCAGGAGCUAUCAGUGAUGAUUUUCCAGUGUCCUUUGUGACGUUGUAUCUGGGUCUUUUAAUCGCUAUAUUCCUCGUCACCGGAGCAUUUCACCCGUCAGAAUUUACAUGUCUCUUGAAUGGAAUCACGUAUCUGCUCUGUUUACCAUCCGGGUACCUGGUGCUGAACAUCUACAGCGUGGUGAACAUCACAGACAGGUCGUGGGGAACAAGAGAGGAAAAAGAACACAACACUGUGAAAAAGGACAAGCCGUGGUAUGACGACAUGGAGACAGUCAUGAGGAAAAUAUUCUUCUGUUUUGACAAGAAAGAAACCUCGACUAAAGAAACAAUAACCGAGAAAAGCACAUACUUACCCCGAGUACUGCGAAGGAAUUCUCAAAAUGAGGACUCAUCUCCACAAAAUUUUUCUAAGACUGUUGGUCCAGGAUUUAGAUUUGAUGGCAAUGUCCCAGUCCAAUCUCUACGGAGAGAUCAGGGAAGAAGUCAAGACAAGGAUGAGAGACUUCACCAGCUUGAAGAGGAGGAGGAUAUAGAAUAUGAAGUAGAAGAGAUAGAAAGUGAAGAAGAGUUUGAUGAAGAUAAUCCUCUUCCUGUUGAAACAUGGCUCCCAAAAGGCAUGAAGGAGUACAAAUCUCUCUUUAUGGAUAAGGGAUAUGAGAAUACAAACUUUCUAGGGAUGUUAACCGAGAAGGACCUUAAGCGAAUAGGGAUUGAGAAAGUGGCUCAUCGCCAGAAACUGUACCGGAAAAUCCAGGAUAUUCCAGAAUUUAAAAUUCCUAUCGAUGUUCCGAAAGACGUGUCAUCAUGGCUUCACAUGAUUGGUUUGGAGGAAUACAAACACAAUUUCAAUAGAAACCAAAUUAAAACAGUCAAAGAUAUGGUAGCCCUGAAAUCGUUUACAGAAAAAGAAAUUAAGGAGGACCUUAAAAUAACAAAACCCGGUCAUAUAAAACGUUUACUUGACGCCAUAGACUGCCUUCGCAAUCCAACACCGGAGGAGCGGAUCAUUACAGAAAUUAAGGAGCAGAUCGGUCGGGCCUACCAACACGACCUAAGGAGCGUGAACCAGGAGGAGUACAAGUUCUGGGCGGAUCUAAUUGAGGCGUGUUUAGCGCCCUCUGCUGACGUGUUUGGUUUUGAGCAAAUUCUCAAAACAAAACUAGAGACUCUACGUAACGAGUGGCUGAUGGUAUCCGGGAUCGUCAACUGUUUGUGGAUUGUGAUAAUAAUGACGUUAUCAAGUAGUAUAGACCUACAGGUGGCCGGGACAAAUCCACUGAGUUUAGUGUUCCUAAUUGUAUUUGGAUUUCUUUUCGUUCUUCAAUUUCUCUGCAUGUUGGUGCACAGAUUCACAACACUCUCUCACUUUAUUGCGCGUGCGCCAUACAAGUUUGGGCAGAAUUAUCGAACAUCUGUUGCUUUUCUGUCACGUGACCUGGACCCGGAUGAGGAACAUCUGGCAAGGGAAGCAAGAAGUUUAGAGCCAAAGUUUUUGGAAAGAAUAAAGAAAACGAAAAUUGGAAAGCGGAAGCGGAGCAUCGAUCGCCAUGGCAACCACGACAAUACUUCCGAAAAUACAUUACUGUUACCUAAUCAUUUGAAUGAAGUGCACCAAGGUCACCAAAAUACCAGUCCGUAUGAAACUGUGUAAAAUCGACAGUUGUGUAGGAGAAUUGUUUCUUAUCAAUAACCAGUUGCGAUGCUAUGUGAAUAAAUUUACUGAUAUUGCCGACAAUACAAUUUAAACAAGGAGUAACAAUAGAUACCUAUAAAAAUUCAUUGAUGAUCCUCAUACAUAUGAAUAUUAGGUGUUUCCCAUAGAGAUGUAUAUCUA